AGGUCAGUUUAAGAUGUUAAUUUCCAGGAUAUUACAUAUCAAAUGGGCGGAGAACUGAAGACGUUUCCUCUGAGCUUGGACGCUGACAAUGACAGAGUCCGUCCAACAGAGCAACAUGACACAUUCUGGCUAUUUUCUAUGGAUUUUCAUCUCCUCAUGUGGUAUAAUUGCCGGUAAUGUGAAGAAUCUGCCUCAUGUGAUAAAGUACCAAACAGCGACACCUCAGAGGUUGCAGGGCAUGCCUCUUCCAAACGAUGUUGCUGCUGCACACAAGAAAAACCCAGAUGUAGUUCAGUACUCUGUUAGUAUUGCUGGGAAAAACCACACUCUGCACCUGGAGAAGAACAAAGGUUUUAUUGGGAAAAGUUUUGCUGUGACCUACAAUUCUGAUCAGGGUACCCAAGUUUCAACUUCCUCCAACCAUGAGGUAUGUCCAUUUCCUGUUUGCUGUUGGCAUUUUAUUUGGUAAACUUGAAUUAUAGGACAAAGUACUUAUUUUGGCUUGGCUUAAUAAGCAGCAGAAAAUUAUGCAACACUUUACAGAGAGCAAGAGAGAGAGAGAGAGAGAGAGUUUGGCCUGGCACUGAAUGCUGUCACAGCUUGUCUCUGCUAAAUGAAAGUGACAGGGGGUCAAAUUUCACUGAGCAGCUGUGGCACAUUGGUCAGUGUGUCCAAUUCAAAGUGAAGAAUGGACUCUCAGGACAUCCUGCAACAUGAAAAUACUUAAUUUUACAUGUCUCCUUAUGAGAUUAAUUAAUUAGUUUGUUUGUUUAUACAUUUAUGUUUUCCCCACAUUUUCUUAUGGUAAUUAAAACUAGCUAACUAACUAUAAGAUGUUAAUCUGGAUAGUUAGAGAACAAAAGAUCAAAAUACUGUUGAAACCAUCUCUGGAGAUAAUGAGGGAUGUUAUAGGAUUAAAAAAACAUGUAUGUACAGGGAAAUAAAUGAUCAGAUUCCUCAUGUUUCAUGUACAUGACUGCAUUUCUGGUAGAUGAUCUAACCUGACCUAAACUGAGAGGAAAUGUUACAAAGAACUGUUUGUGGGCUUUUAUGGUUGUUUUAUAUUUCAAAUGGUCACUUUAAUGUCUAUUUAUGUUUUUAUUACUGAGUGGUUGUCGUGUGGCAACCCAAUGAAUGCUAAGUGUUUUUUGUGCAUUACUUUAAACUGUUUUUCCCUUUUGUUUUAUUUUUACUUGUGUUUUAUGAUCUUCUUUUGAUAUUUCAUCCUGGUAUUUGUGUCUAUCAUGUGGGUUUUAUAUUACAGCAUCAGUAGCAGAGCUGUUAUAGCUCCACAAGCUGCUCUGUAAUGCACCAUUCAGCACUAUGAUAGGCUCUUUAUCCAUUGUGUAGCUUUUCAUUAUAAUUCCAGGUUCUUUUUAUUUAUUUUUAAUCAAAAUUAACAGAUGUAUCUUGCGUCAUGAUUGUAAUUCUUAAAUAUAUCUCGCAAAUAUCUGCAACCACAGUGAUGGAAAGAUUGUGCCUUCAUUUGUAUUCCGUUUAAAUAAAUCACUCAAACUAUUUAUUCUUUCGUGUUUUCAUUCAGAAGCCAUUUGUUUGGGUUCAAAAGUGGUUACUUAGCAACCUAUGAAACAAACACAUUACCAGACAGAGAUAAUUGUUUUACGCUCAGAGAUGUGUAUGGUUCUGGGAAUGGAUCGUUUACUUAGUGAGAAGGAAGAGCGGGAUACGCUUACCUGGAUAUAUAAAAUACCUUUCUCCAGGCCAAAAAAAAACAUCAGCAGGGACUUCAGUGAUGGAGUGAUGGUUGCGGAGAUUGUUGAGCAUUAUUUCCCAAGGAUUGUUGACAUUCACAACUAUAUUACUUCCUGCAAUACGCAACAGAAACUCAACAACUGGAACCUUCUCAACAAGAAGGUGUUUUCCAAGCUGGACUUUUAUGUCUCAGAGGACAUGGUGGAGAAGAUUGUUUCAAGCACUCCUAGUGUGAUACUGCCAGUGCUGUUUUUCCUCAAGGAGAAGAUAGAGAAUAAACUGGCACAAGCAACAAGGACACAGCAUUACUCUCGGAGACAGGAGAAUCUGUUUUCAGAUGUAGAAAUUCAACAGGCCGAAGCAGGAAUUAUGGCUCAACUGGCAGAGAUGAAGAUUACUGAGCCAACACAGAAACCGCAGCAACAGAUGUUUUUCCCAGAGAUCAGCCGUUUAACUUUGCGGCAAGUCAUGCUGGAAAAAGAACUUCUGGUCCAGGAACUUCAGGAUAAUGUGAAGAUCCUUCAGGUGAAAGUGAGCAAGUUGGAGGAGCUCGUUCAAUUGAAGGACAAGCGCAUUGAACAUCUGACAAGUCUUCCAGAGGUGUACAAAACUAAACUAUUGCUACCUGGUUAAAAAGGAACUCCCAGUCACUAAAUUUUAUUUUUUCUGGAAUAUAUACUAAAGAUACUGAAGAUGAGGGAGUAUCAAUACGUUAUUAAUUUGUUUUAAAAUGUAAUUAAUAAAGAACAACUGCAUGACCA